UAUGAUGUGUAGCAUUAAGUCCAAAGAAGAACUGACUAUCUCUCGAAAAGAUUUGUAUGCUGUGCUGUACGAUCAGCAAAAAUCUGUCACACACAGGAACGAAGGUAAAUAUAAUAAUCCCUGGUGAUUGAACGACAAGUGAAAGACGAUUCAGUUACUGAUUUAUCAUCUGUGGUGAAAACCACAAACAAGAUUUUAAAGCAAACUGGAAAAAAAACAGUUACCCGCCAGACGUUUCCAAGUAGUCAUAAGGAGGUUUGGCCAGUUUUCGUGUACUAGUAUAGUAACUUUAAGUAAGGCCUGGUCACUAUUCAGCUUAUUAUAGGAAGAUGAUAGAAAAGGCUUUCGGUAGAUUUUAAGCAUUAACUGAAAAUCUGGCGACACAGCCUUAUUAAGUUGUAACCAUAAACCACUAUGCCAAUGUUGUCAGUGAGUCACACAAAAUUCUUAAGAUGCUAAGUUUCAUUAACUUGAGUACUUCGUUACUGAUUAUUUCGUUUUCUUUCAUGAUCCUUUAGGUUUUUCUUUCUGCGCCCAGACUUUACCACAUGACCUCAGAAUAUUAACAGUAAAGACUCCAGGAAACUACGGCUACGGCGUUUUUUGUGGCCAGCUUAGCAUUAAAAAGGGCAUGCGCUUUGGUCCCUAUACCGGACGUAUUGUAAGCGUGGAAGAAGUAAACAGACGAAAGGCUUUUGAAAAUGAAUUCUUAUGGGAGGUUUGUAACCUUAAUAGUUCUUCAUGGUUUUCAAUUACUUUCAAAUGACAAAGUCUUUCAGAUAAAGAUAUGGUAAAACUGGCAGCAAAAACGUGUAAUUUUUUUGCGCAUUUUACCCCCCGACUGUCUUGCAACAAAUCAGGUUGUUCCAAGUUGCGUCAAUACUGACUUCUGAGUGGAUGAAAUUACAGCGGAGUCAUGUCAUACACGUGAGUGGCGUCACUUGUUGCAAAACAAGUUUACCUUGAGCCGGAAGAACGCGCAACAUGAAUAGAUUCUGUUUUAAAAAGUAGAACUACUCUCUUCUUUCUGCAAAUCUUUUGGCAACCGGUUUAAAUUGUGGGCGGUAAAACGCGCAACAUCGCUACUCAACUCAUUUUGCAACAAUGUUACAAAGCAGGGAUUGCAUGUUUUUGUUGCCGUUUUACCUUACAUUAACUUUUCUUGGUAGAUAUACACUGAUGGUCGUUUUGAAUACUGCAUCGAUGGAGCGACAAACCGGACAAACUGGAUGAAGUUUAUUAACUGCGCGCGCCAUUCGGCCGAGCAAAACCUGGCCCUAGUACAACAGGAUUCUUUAUUGUACUACCAAGCGACGCGUGCGAUAAGAGAAGGACAAGAAUUAAAGGUGUGGUAUGGUGACCAGUAUAGGCUUUUUAUGGGGAUACCACUGAGCAUAAAGAACGGGUCGUCAGGUGAGUUAUAAGCUGUUUAUAAGCUGUCGUAGAUGCCGUCACCUCUCACCUAAGGGACACAGUUCUCUUACAGACAUUGCUUGGUCCAUUUUUAAUCCAAGGCGCAUAUAAACCUUGGACUGAUGAAGUCGCGUAACUUAGCACUUUUUGUUCUUUUUGUAAGCUAAAUGAACAGUUCCUUGAUGAGUACAUAUCAAAGUAACACGCAGGUCACUGGUAUUUUUCCGGGAUUUGUUUCAUAACUGCUUAGUGGUUGCACGGUGUCUUCCUAGGCAUUCUCGGUCAUUGCAUUUUGGGGUCGUCAAGUCAAACUCAUAAUAGAUCACGUGACCCAAAAAGUAUGGGAAGCGCGGGAUAAUUAAGCCCAGGGAAAAGACAAUAACGGGCUUUGAAAUUGCUCUUCUUUACCAAUACUUAAAGAGGUCAAUGACCUAUGACUAGUGCCAUAACACACCCUUCCUAACAGGUGGAGGGACAUCAAUACAACGCCUAAAAAGGUGUCCAUUGUAGCUUUAGUUGAUUAAGUAAUAUUUAAGGAUUAAAACUCAACCCAGUGAAUUGUGUUGGACAAGAAUAAAUCGUAUUUGUACCUGAGUAUGCCAAAUGGUAGGGAUUAACGUCUACCAGUGCAGUUCAAGUACUAUAAAAUGCCUUCGUAAUGUUUGUACCAACUUGCGCCAAAGAUUGCGUACAUUGGAGUCGCAGAUUUUCACCUCGUAUAACUGAUGUUUCCUUUGCUUUGUCUUCAAGAAUUCUUUUCUCUUUUUGUAGAUGACGAUUCUAGCUAUCCUUGUCAGUCCUGUGGAAAAGUGUUCGCCUACAAAUACUACCUCGUUCGCCACCAGAAAUACACGCGCUGCGUUGACUACGGAGACCGGAAGUUCCCCUGCAAAGUGUGUAACCGCUCAUUUGAUAAGGGAGACCGCUUACGUAUUCACAUCCUUCAUGUGCAUGAUAACUACCGACCUCACCAAUGCACGGUGUGCCAGAAAACUUUUUCCCAGUCAUCUAGUCUAAACAAACACCUACGAGUGCACAGCGGUGAUAGACCGUACAAGUGUCCUUACUGCGUCAAAGGCUUUACGGCCUCAUCUAUUUUGCGCACUCACAUUCGUCAACAUAGCGGAGAAAAGCCUUUUAAAUGUAGACAUUGCGGGCGCGCUUUCGCCUCACACGCGGCACAUGAUAGUCACGUGCGACGCAAUCACCGUUAG